GUGGUCGAGGCGCCGGGAAGCGCACCUGCCUUCCGCCCCGCGGCGUAGGGGCGUCGUGGGGGUUGAGAUGAAGCUGUAGCUGCCGGCGGGACAGAGGCUCCCCGGGAGAGCCGUGGAGGAAAGUUUCACUUUAGAUGCCUUUGAGGGAGCCGCGGCCGUGUGCGGGCCCUGCGGCGAGCGCUGGUUCUGCAGCAACGCGAGGGGCGGCUCCUUCUGUGGUUCCCGCCCUGGGGAGGGUCCAAGACUAACUCGCCCGCUCUCGCCCGGCUAACGAGCGGCCAGCCCAGGAUGGGAGCGCAGGCUCUGGGAGUUUAAAGUAAAGCGCGUCUGACCACCGCAGCCACGUUUCCUUUCAGUGCACAGCAGAGGGUAUUUUGCAGUGAGUAGGUGCCGUGCACAAAUAAAGGGCGUUCUGUAAGCCUGCUCCAACCACAAGGCCCGUGUCACUUUCAGCUGGUGGGACUCACCCUCUGAGAGCUUAGUCCAUUGCUUCAUCCUCACAUGUAUGAUGAGCAGCGAAGAAGGAAAGCUGUUAGGGGCUCUGUGAGCCACUAUCCUGAGCCGUACCAUCUUUCUUUCUCUGCACAGCACAAAGCCAGUAGUGCCUGUGUUGUGACACUUUCUCCAGCAGCGGCCUGGAGACCAAGCAGAUGUGGCAGUUCUGCAGCAGAAGCACCUGCCACAAAAACAGAAGAGGAUUCCUUUCUCCAGUGGUUCCUGCUUCUCAUCCCCGUGACUGCCUUUGGCCUGGGGACAUGGCAGGUCCAGCGUCGGAAGUGGAAGCUGAACCUGAUUGCAGACUUAGAGUCUAGAGUUCUGGCUGAGCCCAUCCCUCUGCCAGCAGACCCAGUGGAACUCAAGGCGCUGGAAUACAGGCCAGUGAAGGUCAGAGGGCAUUUUGACCACUCCAAGGAGCUGUACAUGAUGCCCCGGACCAUGGUGGACCCUGCCCGGGAGGCUCGGGAAGCCGGCCGGAUCUCCUCCUCAGCUGAGAGUGGGGCCUACGUCAUCACUCCCUUCCACUGCACGGACCUGGGAACCACAAUUCUGGUCAAUAGAGGGUUUGUCCCCAGGAAGAAAGUAAAUCCUGACACCCGAAGGAAAGGCCAGAUUGAGGGAGAACUGGACCUCGUUGGGAUGGUGAGGCUGACAGAAACCAGGAAGCCCUUUGUCCCCGAGAACAAUCCAGAAAGGAACCACUGGUAUUACCGGGACCUGGAGGCCAUGGCCAAGAUCACAGGCGCAGACCCCAUUUUCAUCGAUGCCAAUUUCCAGAGCACAGUCCCUGGAGGACCGAUCGGAGGGCAGACUAGAGUCACGGUGAGGAAUGAGCAUAUGCAGUACAUCAUUACCUGGUAUGGACUCUCUGCAGCCACCUCCUACCUGUGGUUUAAGAAAUUUCUACGUCGGACACCUGGUGCGUGAUGAGAUGACUUGACACAGCCCUGUCCACAAAUAACUAGGAAGUCGCUGAACAGUCGAAACAGACUGGAUUUAUGCUGGACCAUGUACCACUGGCAUAAAUAAAAGUGCUGAGCCUCUCUU